UGUAUGAUCAUUUGCACACACACAAAAAAAAAUCAUAAACAAUUUUUUAAACUCGACAUUAAGAGGGACACGAUUUUGCUUGAAGGAUAACUGGUCGUUCCUCGGAACCGCUACUGCUGUCGUUGUGUCUCACUUUGUUGCAGCUUCAGUUUAGCUUGAUACAAAGAUGUACCAGACCCAGAACUCAUCCACAAUAGAUGAAAUACAGAUGGAGCGCAUUAAACCAGAAUAUCCCGCCCAUAGCGCUCAGGGGCAUCCCGUCCUGGGCACUCUGUCGCGGGGUGAAUGCGCAUGGAAACGAGAUGAAUAGGCAUCAACAUCUCAUAAACCAACGGCAUGCACAAAUGUAUUUGCUCAUUUCCCGUCACAUAGGCCAUCUUAGGCUGCGAGCGUGACGAACUCUGCUAGGCUACCGCUUUUGACCUAAAUAAACUGAGUGAAACUAAUGGCAUAUAGCUUGGGGCGGCCACAUCCAUUUUUUCGACUGUUUAUUGCCUUGUUUUAUUGCACGUCUGCACAGUGAUGCAGCAGCAGGAGACGCAGCAGUGCGCCCGCAACCACCACCGUCCUCUUCUCUUUAAAGGGUAACCAAACGCUGCAAUGCAGAGACACGAGGGGGGGACGAUUGAACAUUAGCGUUGUAUUUGCGUGCACCGGACCGAGAGGGAGGCUGAGCUCCGUCCACAACGUCUUCUCUGGAGCCCUGCCUCGCAUCGUGGAGUUCGCCGGGCAGUCAUGGUCGGACGGGGGCUUUGGAUGUUCAGGUUCACGCGAUUGUGGAAACGAUGGAGCAGGUUUGGGAUUUUGCCUUUCAUCUGUUUGGCGCUAGUGGUGUGCGCCCUCGUCGCUCUGCUCUUCGUCGAUUCCAUCGAGUCAUGGGUCACCUCCAUGAACAUGGACACAUUGGUGGAGGCAUCGCAGGGCAGGAUUAUCCCGCCCAAGAGCGUCCCCCCGACCAGACCAGAGGAGUUCUUGCUCAUGCCGAGUCCCCUCGUCUGCCAACGUGCGAAACCAUACCUUAUAACCGUAGUGGCCUCUGCGCCCAGGAAUCAGCAAGCCCGCCAGGCCAUCAGGGACACCUGGGGUGGGGAGGUCGAGGUGAGAGGCCUCCGGGUGAUGACCCUGUUUAUUGUGGGUGUGGUUCUGGACCGGGGACUGGCUAAGCUGUUGGUGGAGGAGGCACGGCUAAGAGGAGACCUGAUCCAGGGGCGCUUCGAGGACACGUAUUCCAACCUCACCCUGAAGACCCUGUCGAUGUUGGGAUGGGCACGCCGGUUCUGCCCCCAGGCUCACUUCAUGGCCAAAGUGGAUGAUGACGUGUUGUUCAAUCCGAGCGCACUUCUUCACUACCUUAACAGGAGCCGCAAUCCGUACGAACAAGGAGACCUCUACCUAGGCCGGGUGCAUCUCCAUGUGGCUCCGGACAGGGACCCAGACAGCAAGCACUAUCUCCCCGCCGGAGCAUACCCUCCCCCCGUCUUUCCAGACUACUGCAGCGGAACGGCAUACGUACUAUCCCGCUCCGCGCUCCUCAAAGUGUCCCUGGCAGCCGCCGCCUCCCCCCUGUCCACGCCUCUGCCCCCCGAGGACAUGUUCGUGGGGCUGUGUGCCCGUACCGCCGGGGUGCUGCCCUCCCAUUGUCCUCUCUUCUCGGGCGGACCGGCAGUCCCCUACGGCCGGUGCUGUUACCAGACCAUGGUGUCCGUCCACCACAUCGCACCGAGGGAGAUGCUGGGUUACUGGGCGGACAUCCAUUCGCCAAACCCCUGCUCUUGGAUAAGUGUGCGCGCCUCUCUGGGGGUCUGCAAACUCCGGGCCCUGAUUGGGAACGCUUUGGGCAUCGAGCAGGGGCUGUGAACGUGUGACUUGGGAGAGAAUUACGUCUAAGAACAUGUUGGAUGCAGGGCUUUAUCUCGCGUAGGCCUACUGUGAAUAGCACAACCAAAUAUUUGGCUGCCAAAAUAAAGUAGGCCUACUUACUGCACUAAGAAAAUCAAACUUUAUUUUUUAAAACUUGAAUUGCAAAAAUAAAUUAACUCUAAAUGAACUUUAACCGCAGCCUAUUUUUUUUUGGCGGUGUUCUAUUUUGUCCAUGUAUGCCGCAGGCAUACAUGGUUGGCUAAACUAGUUUUAGACACAAGCUUGUUGGCACUGAUCAGUGUAGCUUCAAACUCCAUAGCCUACCAUAGAUUUCGAAACAGUAGGCCUGACAACAUGCAGACACAAGCAGGGGAAAGUGAGCCGUUCUUGUGAUCAAGGCAAUAAAAGAGCUCAUAGCUUCAAAACGUGUGCUACUUCACAGGUUCAGUAGUAUUAACUGCUUAAAACACGGAUAAGGAGACAAGUCUUAUCUAUUAUCACAAAUGCAUGCAGACACAGCAAGCCCAACUCAAUAUACCUCUAUAUUUAGUCACAUCCAGAAGGCAGGGCAUCGACGCAAUUACGAUUAUUUCCCUUAUUACUUAGCCUAUUUGAAUGCCAAAAUAAAAUUGGGUAGUGACGGUGUCAUAAAACUUGCCUACAUGAUAGGCAAUUUCCUUAUAGUAGGCCUAUGAAACACGGAAAGUCCUAGUCAAUGCAUGAAAAGGUGUUUUUAUUUGGAGGGGAAAUGGUUAAGAAUUAACCGCCGGACUUGUUCAAUCUCGACUUUGAAGAACGUAUUUGUAUUUAAUAUUAUUUCCAGACUAAUUGUUUACUUCCGUUGUGGUAUUGCAGAAGAAUUGAGUCACUAAAAACCCUCAGGAAUUGAAGGCCCUCAAUAAACAUGUUCUUUCGCUGUACUUGAAAGUGCUUUUAAAAACAGGAUGUGAAUGUCUAUUUGUGGAUGCAAUGGUUGGAAGGUUCGCUGAAUAACUUGAAUCUGCCUGUACAAGAAGUCCUUGCUUCAUGAGAAUCUUUUAAUUAUCUGCAUCACAAUGUUCUAAAAAAAAAAAAAAAAAAGUGAUGCAGUACAAAUAACUCAUCUGGCAAUCAUCUUGACUAAAUGGAAGCAGCUGAGUGUGCGAAUU